GAGGGGUUAACCCCUAAAAAAAAACAUUUAAAUUAAAUUAAGUACACGUCGGCGGUUAUAAUCGAGUGUGUGUAGAUAUUUUAUAAAUUGUUAUGUUUGCUUUGUUAAAAUAAUAAUAAUACUAAGUAUCAAUUUGUUGGUCAAUGUUACAUCUGUUAAUACCUUAUUGCAUCAUUCGCUCGCGCAUAACCUGUUAUUGCUGGUAGGAUUUUACCAUAUGCUAUUGAAGAAUAAAUGAAAUUUCUGCAAGUAAAAGGAUAAAGUAUAAAAGAUACCUUAUUUAAAAUGAAUACCCAAAUGACAGCUCGAGACAUUAGAAAUACGUUUAUAGAUUUUUUUAAAUCUAAACAACAUCAAUAUGUUCAUUCCUCAUCAACCGUACCGUUGGAUGAUCCAACUCUUCUUUUUGCUAAUGCCGGAAUGAAUCAAUUCAAACCAAUAUUUCUUGGUACUGUCGAUCCCAAUAGCGAUAUGGCUAAAUGGACAAGAGCGGUUAACACACAAAAGUGUAUCAGAGCAGGUGGAAAACACAAUGAUUUAGAUGAUGUCGGUAAAGAUGUUUAUCAUCAUACAUUUUUUGAAAUGUUAGGAAAUUGGUCAUUUGGAGACUACUUUAAAAAAGAAAUUUGUGCUUGGGCAUGGGAAUUAUUAACGCAGGUGUUUAAGUUACCUGCUGAUAGAUUGUAUGUGACUUAUUUUGGAGGAGACGAAGCUUCUGGUUUAGCUGCAGAUGAAGAAUGCAAACAAAUAUGGUUAGAUCUGGGUGUAUUAUCUUCUCAUGUUCUGCCUGGAAAUAUGAAAGAUAAUUUUUGGGAAAUGGGUGAAACAGGCCCUUGUGGUCCAUGCUCAGAAUUGCAUUAUGACAGAAUAGGAAAUAGAGAUGUGCCCCAUCUAGUUAAUAUGGAUGACCCUGAUGUAUUGGAAAUUUGGAACUUAGUAUUUAUACAAUAUAACAGAGAAACAGAUGGUGAACUAAAGCUUUUACCAAAAAAGCAUAUUGAUUGUGGAAUGGGAUUUGAAAGAUUGGUUUCGGUUAUCCAAAACAAACGUGCCAAUUAUGAUACUGAUUUAUUUGGACCUCUCUUUGAAGCUAUACAAUCUGGUACUGGUGCACCUCCGUAUCAAGGCAGAAUUGGGAAAGAUGAUAAAGAUGGAAUUGAUAUGGCAUAUCGAGUCUUAGCAGACCAUGCUCGGACUAUUACCAUUGCCUUAGCAGAUGGAGGAGUACCAGAUAAUACUGGCCGUGGUUAUGUAUUAAGAAGAAUUUUAAGAAGAGCUGUUCGCUACAGUUCUGAAAAGCUAAAUGCAAAACCAAAAUUUUUCUCAAGUCUGGUUCAUACUGUAGUUGAUUUAUUGGGAGAUACUUUUCCAGAAUUGAAGAAAGAUCCACAAAGCGUUAUUGAUAUCAUAAAUGAAGAAGAAGAAAUGUUUUUAAAAACUUUAUCUCGAGGAAGAAAUUUGCUUAAUCGCACUAUAAAUAAAUUAGAUAAUGCUAGUAUAAUACCUGGUGAUAUUGCAUGGAGACUUUAUGAUACAUAUGGAUUUCCUGUGGAUUUAACACAGUUGAUGUGUGAAGAAAAAAACAUGACUGUAGAUAUGCAGGGUUAUGAAGAGUCUAAAAAACGAGCUCAAUUAUUGUCCCAGGGUAAAGCUGGCUCAGUUGAAGAUACAAUUAAUUUAGAUGUUCAUGCAAUCACCCAAUUACAAAAUGAAGGACUUCAAGCUACUGAUGAUUCUUUUAAAUAUAAUUACAAUGCAAAUUCAUCAGAUUUAUUAACAGAAUAUAGCUUUGAAUCAUGUAUUGGUGAAGUUGUAAGACUUCGUCACAAUAAAGAGUUUGUUAAUCAGGUAACUUCUGGCAUGGAAUGUGGUGUUAUUCUUGAUAAAACUUGCUUUUAUGCAGAACAGGGUGGUCAAAUAUAUGAUGAGGGUUUUCUAGUAAAAAUAAAUGAUGAAAGUACAGAAUUUGCUGUCAAAAAUGUACAAGUGCGUGGUGGGUAUGUAAUGCAUAUUGGAACAUUGGAAGGAACAUUGAAAGUAGGUGAUAAAGUUACUCUACACAUAGAUGGGGCACGUAGACGCCUUAUCAUGAAUAAUCACACAGGAACUCAUGUCUUAAAUUUUGCUUUGAGAUCUGUUCUUGGAACAGAAGCCGAUCAACGUGGUUCUCUAGUAGCUCCAGAUAAAUUGCGAUUUGAUUUUACAAAUAAAAGUGCAUUAUCAAUAAAUCAAAUAAAAGACACUGAAAUUUGUACACAAAAUAUGAUAGCUAAAAAUGAAAAGGUGUAUGCAAAAGAGUCGCAAUUAGCAGUUGCUAAAUCUAUUCAAGGAUUACGAGCAGUGUUUGAGGAGACAUAUCCCGAUCCAGUAAGAAUUGUUUCAAUUGGUAUCCCAGUUGAGGAUUUAGAAAAAGAUCCUUGGAGUCCAGCAGGAACAAAAACUUCAGUUGAGUUUUGUGGAGGAACACAUCUUUUACAAGCAGGCCAUAUUGGUGAUUUUAUAAUUGCUAGUGAAGAAGCAAUUGCAAAAGGUAUACGACGAAUUGUAGCACUGACUGGACCAGAAGCUACAAAAGCAAUUAAAAAAGCAGAUCUUUUGCAAAACGAAUUGGUAAAAUUGAAGGAAGCUGUCAUUGCCGAUAAAGAAGCAUCAAACUCAAAGGCUCAUGUUAAGCAUAUCAUUGAAUUAACUGAUGAUAUUUCACAAGCUUUAAUUCCAUAUUGGAGAAAAGACUGCAUGAGAAAUGAACUGAAAUCCCUUAAGAAAACAUUAGAUGACAAAGAUAGAAUGGCAAAAGCUGCUGUUAUGAAUGACAUUGUUGAGAAGGUAAAAGAAUUGUGCCUUUCAAGUGAAUCAGAUGUAUUUGUUAAACAACUGCAAGCAGAUUCAAACACUAAAGCCUUAGAUGCUGCUUUAAAACAAAUAAAAUUAUUGAAACCAGAUGCAUCAGCCAUGUUUUUCUCUGUUGAUCAAGACAAUGGUAAAAUAUUCUGUUUAGCUUCUGCUUCCAAACAAGCAAUUCAAAAGGGAUUAAAAGCAAAUGAAUGGGUUAAUCAUAUAACAAGAAUCAUAAAUGGUAAAGGUGGUGGUAAACCUGAAUCAGCACAAGCAUCAGGUAGCAAUAUUGCAAAAAUUGAUGAGGUGUUAAUUGCUGCAAAAGAAUUUGCAGAUUUGAAAUUACUGUAAAAUGUAUUUUACUUC